AUGGCUCCAAUCAAGCUAUUCAGCCUGUUCAAAGGGUCCUCGGCGCACCUCCCGCCGGGCCACGCGACGCACGACUCGUCCCCGACGAGUGAGAAGGGGUACAUCCCGCCUGACGAAUUCGGUGCUCAGAAUGGUGGUGGUGGCAGCACACCCCCACCCCAAAACGGCACCCUCUCCAAAAAAGAACUCAAACAACGCGAAAAGGCGGCGAAGAAAGCCGAGAAGGAGAAGAAGCGGCAGGAGCGGAUAGCGAGGGAGAGGGAGCUGGAUAGGAUGGAGGAGAUGUGGGAGAGGGGGUAUUACCAGCCGCCUGUUACCCCUCCUCCGCUUGGGGAUCGGAGUAGGAGUGGUGAGGGAGCGGAUGGGUUCCCUGCGGAAGGGACGUACGGAGGAGAAGGCGCGUACGUCCCACCCGGCAUGGGAGGCGGCGGUGUGCAGAUCGGGUUCAUACCCUUCAAGAAGGGCCGCGAGCGCAACUUGGAUCUCGUCGAGGCUAUUAAGAUCUUGGAUAAGUACAAGGAUGAGCUGGGUAGUGAUGCUCUGGUGUGGCAUGCGAAGAUUGAAGAGUGA